CUGGUCUUGAUUCGCGAACGUAAUCAAGUCACGAGUUGUGGGUGUAAGUGGCCCACUUCAUCGUUUGGCUCCGUGUCGUUCGCCCUACAUCAGCUGCAUCUCCUAACCCACCACUCGCCUACUCGUGCAAUUCAUCGUUGGGCGUUCGGUGACUACUCAUCUGCUUGCCCCGCUGCUCAUGAGGAAUACGCGUGUUGGUCACGAUUUGCCAGUCACAACUAUCUUCAAGUCGGACAUUGAUCAUCGCAAAGCAGGGUCUGAAGCGCUUCGAUCUGCGUCUACCACUCCCGGACGUGCCAUUUUCACUCGCGGCAAACUCGAUCACCCGACAGCCUGGCUCUCAAGGGCGCGCCUACCUUCUUCUGGUAGCUAGGAUGGCACCCGACGCUCGAGCGCUUCUGCGAG